AUGGCUCGACCUCUGCUGCUCCUCUGCUGCUUACAUGCAAUUGCUGAAGUCACAGCUCGAGGAGCAAAACCAGAGUUAACUCUUAUUAAAUCAGAGGAGGUGGUUUUUGUGACCUGCACACUGCCUUCUUCCUCUUCAUCUGAGUCCAAAUGUCACCUGUAUUUUGGAGACACACAGUCGUAUUCAACCAAAACAUCACGGUCCAGGGACAGAAAAGGACGAUGGAUUCAUGAGAAAAUAUUUCCAAAUUCACAUCGACACCACAACAGUGAAGACCCCAGACUCAGUGAAGACUCCAGACUCAGUGAAGACCACAGACUCAGUGAAGACCACAGACUCAGGGAAGACCCCAGACUCAGUGAAGACCCCAGACUCAGUGAAGACCCCAGACUCAGUGAGGACCACAAACUCAGUGAAGACCACAGACUCAGUGAAGACCACAGACUCAGGGAAGACCACAGACUCAGGGAAGACCCCAGACUCAGUGAAGACCACAGACUCAGUGAGGACCACAAACUCAGUGAAGACCACAGACUCAGUGAGGACCACACACUCAGUGAAGACCACAGACUCAGUGAAGACCCCAGACUCAGUGAGGACCACAGACUCAGUGAAGACCACAGACUCAGUGAGGACCACAGACUCAGUGAAGACCACAGACUCAGUGAAGACCACAGACACAACUGA